AUGUCAGAACCAACUACGACGAUUAGACAUCGUGCAAUCAAUAGUAGUGCACAAGAGGCAUAUAGAGAAAAUGACCCUGACAAGUCAAGAGUAGCACAUCAACUAGUUCAAGAACAAAGAAAGAUUGAUGAUGAACCUCAUAAAAGUAACUCAUUUAAAAAGGGAUCAAUUAAAUAUUUAAGAUCAUGUAUUACAUUUGGAUCAUAUGGUAUAUUGUUUUGUAUAGCCGUUGUCAUUGGAUUAGAGGCAUUCUUUCAUAAAUUUGGUAAUAUAUCUGGGUUUACCAUUGUAAGGAAUCAUCAUCAUGACCGAGGAGAUAGAGGUGGUGGUGGUGGGACAACGACAAGUGCGUCACAAGACGAAUACGAUUGGAAUCUAGUGGUGGUAUACAUUACGACGGUAAUCGUGACUGGCACUGGGUUGGCAUUGGCAUGGAUAGAAUCAACCAACAAAAAGACAGAGAUUGAUUUCUAUCACUCUGAAAAGAAACGUGAAAUGUGGGAAUACGACAACUACAUUGAAGGAGAGAUUAAAGAGAUGGUAGAACUCUAUUGCAAAAAGGGUAUGCCCGAACCAGAUGCAGAAAUCGUAGUUAAUCUAUUAUCAAAAUAUAGAGAUUUGUUUGUAGAUAUUAUGAUGGCCGAAGAAUUAAAUUUAUUACCUGUAGAAUUACAUCUUUCACCAAUGGAAACUGGACUUUCAACAUUAUUUUCAUUUAUAACAUUUGGAUUGAUUCCAUUGUUACCAUUUAUUUUCUCACAUAUCAUGUUUACAAAGUUACAUCGAAACAUUGUAUUCCCAUUAUUUAUUUUAAUCGUUGAAUCUAUACUAUUUAUUUUUGGUGCCUUGAAGAGUAAAUACUUUACUGGGUCAUUGUGGAAAGAAGGAAUUAUAGCAUCAAUGAAUGGUAUCAUUUCCAUUUUAGGCUCACUUUGUGUUGGAUAUUAUUUAGGUUAUUUAUUAUCCUAA